AUGGCCAACAUGGAGAAAUAUCCGCUUUUCGGCAUCCCAAACGCUGUAACAGUCGACGCGACGCCAAUUCCGCUCGACGACGCCACGCGAGAGCUCUACCAGCGCGCCGUAGCGGACCCGUCCUCCAUCACCGACGCCGAGAUGCGCACCAUUACGCUGCGCCCUCCGCCAGCGCAAGAGGACGAGCUGUGCCGCGAAAAGUGCGACCUGCCGUUCGACGCGGUCGUGCAAAAGGCCCUGCGCGGCGACAAGCUCACCUACGACGAGGCCGAGGCCAUCAAGCUCGGCGUGCGGUGGAAGCAGAAAACCGAGACGACGGCCCGGCAGCUGCGCCAGCCGCCAGAGGACAGGGAGCUGCGGUACGCCGCCGUCGAGGCCGUGACGCCGCAGAGCCUCAAGGACGCCCGGGUGAUUGCGCAGCCCGUGUACGCGGCGGCGGGCGACGCCGCGUCGGCCGCCGUGCUCGAGUACUACCAGGGCAGCGAGAUGCUGCAGAUCAAGCGCGCGCUGAUGACGCCGUGGCAGGCGCACAUCCUCGCGCAGGGCCACGGCGGCGCGUGCGGCCUGGUCCUCUUCCACCCGCGGCGGGCGGCGGCGGCCCGCUGGGACGCGUUCCGCGCGCGGAUGGACCUGGCCGUGCACCACGGCCUGCGCGCCAAAGCCGGCGGCGUCAAGGCGCCCAUCAUAGACGGCUUUGCGCUGCACCUGGUAGAGACCACCGGGGAAAGCAGCGGCGGCGGCGGCGGCGAGUGGCAGGAGACGUUCAAGGAGCUGCGCGACGCCGGGGCGGUGCCGCCGGGGCUGCGGACGGACGCCUUUCUGUACGUCGACGACGAGGCGCUGGCGUCGGUGGACGGGAAGCGCCCGUUUGCGUGGCUCUGGGAGCCGCAGGACACGGAGCACGGGCCGCUGAGGGUCGAGCUCAACAGCAUCGUGCCGCUGCUCAUGGCGAGGCUGACGCAGCGCGACCUCGAGGGCGACGCGAGGACCAAGCCGUUUCGACACGGCCCGGAGCUCGCGGCGCUGCACAAGGCGGCGAGCUACGCGAGGAGCGACGACAUGAUUCAGAUCUGGCCGCCUGAUCCUCGCGCUACGUGA